AUGCCCAGGUUGGGUCUGUCUGUCGGAGAGAGCCGAGGCCGGUGGACUUACGGACCCGGACCCGCCCCAGCUCUGGGAAGGGCCAUGCAGCAAAAGGGGUACGGAGCCAAACGGCAGGUGCCCCCGCAAAAGGGGUACGGAGCCAAACGGCAGCUGCCCCGGCCCUGGGGCUGGGCAGGGAGCUUGAUCUUACUGUUUUACUUCAUUUUCUACAUGUUCCUGGUGGGAAUGUUUGCCUUCUGCAUGUACGUGAUGCUGCUCACGCUGAGCCCCUACACACCCACGUACCGGGACCGCGUGUCUCCGCCAGGAGUAAUGAUCAGACCAUACCUCAAUGGGUUCACCAUUGCCUUCAACGUCUCUCAGCCCAGCACGUGGCAACCCUACGUGGACAGCAUGCACCACUUCCUAGCAGCUUAUGAUGACAAGGUUCAAGAGGAGAAGAAUAUCGAGUGCAUCUCAGGACAGUACUUCAUCCAAGGGGGCAACGAAAGUGAGGAGAAGAAGGCCUGCCAGUUCAAGCGCUCACUGCUGCAGAACUGCUCUGGCAUUGAGGACCCAACGUUUGGCUACUCUAAAGGCCAGCCCCCAUGGGUGUCUUGUUUUUUUCAGAUCAUAGGCUACCGCCCUGGUGCUGGGGUCCCCGUGAGCGUGGACUGCAAAGUGCAGAAAGGCAAUGAGAGCGAUCUCAGGUCGGUGGACUUCUACCCUGGAAACGGGACAUUUGAUCUCAUGUAUUAUCCCUACUAUGGCAAGAUCACUCACGUCAACUAUACAUCCCCACUGGUGGCUAUGCACUUCACAGACGUGAAGAAGAAUUAUUUGGUCCCUAUUCAGUGCAGCCUGAAUGGGAAAGGUAUUAUCAACGAUCUUAACAGUGACCGCUUCCUGGGCCGAAUCAUCUUCACACUCAGCAUUGGAAAGUAG